AAUGGUUGACCCCUUCUCCAUCAUCUCAACACUGGAUAUUUGCUUCAAAUAUGGCUCGAUGCUAGUCGAAUUGUGCUCUGCCUUUAAAAAUGCGACGAGUAAAAUCAUCGAGCUGGUACUUCGCCUGAAGAAUUAUUGGAUACGAGCCCAGGUCCAAUUAAAAAUAGUGAAAAGCAUAGCGCACACACUGGAUGAUGAGCAUCGAAAAAUACAGCAGGAAACACUGGAUUUGCUUGCAAGCAAACUCAAAAUCGCGGUGCAGAGUAUUGAGUCGGUGACCAAAAGCAAAGAUUCCGAUGACGAGUCGGUUACAGUCCGGGUCAAGCGAUGGAAGUAUGCGCUCUUUCAACAAAAGAUCGAGAGCGCAAUACAAGACCUGGAGCUUUGGCAGCAAAUGUUUGAUCCGUCGUGGUACUUGAUCAUAAAAGCAGCCACCCCCCAGAUUGAUACUGAACUGAAGAUAUAUAAACAAACUAUUCCGGCAGACGGUCAAGCUCCAAUAGUAUCGGCCAGAUCGCUGAGAUCAGCACUGGCUCCUACAUCGACUCAUCAACCGCCCAUCUUUCUUCCUGAAACGGGUCUGGACUCUAUCCAGCUAGACAGUAUACCACUAUGCACUGCCAAGUUUGGACGGCGAGAUGAAGACAUUUCAAAGGCAUUGGUCGUGGAGCGAAUCCAUCGCUUUCCCGAAACUGACAUCCGGCAGCUUGAGAAAGACGUUCGGGAUUUAGCAAGGAAGCUGGCCCACUCUAGCCCCCUCGAGUUUGGCCUUCUGAACUGCAAAGGUGUGAUCAAGCACUUUGAACAAGAUGCAUAUCCUACAGGACCGUCCGCAUUUACGUUUGUAUUCCGCAUGCCUCCUAGACUCUCCCAACCCCGAAGCCUUCGCAGCCUGCUCCAGAAUACGAAGCCACCGGACUCUCUUUCAGAUCGGUUCCGACUCGCCAACGAGCUUGCAAGAGCCAUCAGCUACGUUCAUACGUUUGGAUUUGUGCAUAAAAAUAUUCGACCAGAGACAGUACUGCUAUUGCGCAGCGAAGAUGCCUCCAUUGGCUCCAUGUUUCUUAUUGGAUUUGACAGUUUCCGGUCGGCAGAGGGAAAGACAUUACGCAAAGGCGACUUGGCGUGGGAGCGAUGUCUCUACCAACAUCCGGGGCGGAUAGGGCCAACCGCGAGGGAGGAUUACAUCAUGCAGCAUGAUAUUUAUAGCCUCGGUGUCUGCUUACUCGAAUUGGGUUUAUGGGAGUCGUUUGUGUUGUAUAGCGAGAAGGACUUGGGGUUGAGCGAUGGCCAGGUUCUCACAACGAGAACCACUCCAGCGCCUAGUCUUAGAUCAGACCGCUCUUCCUCAUUGUAUCAGGACCGUCUGCUUUCUUUGGCUCGUGGAGAACUAAGAACCAUAAUGGGAACUCGAUACUCCGAGGUGGUGGUGACCUGCUUGACCUGUCUAGACCCGGGAAACGUUGAUUUCGGCGACGAAAGCGAGUUUCAAGACGAAGAUGGAAUCCAGGUUGGAGUGAGAUAUAUUGAAAAGGUCAUCAUGCGGCUUAACAGUAUUUUUGUUUAGAGGAAGAUAGAAUACAUUGCUUGUCAUUGGCAUAACUAUUGGAACUGUUCAAGGAAAUCCUGGCUUUUAUUAGCGAUUUGUAAAUGUUAAGAAACUCGGGUAAGAGCUUGCAGAUUGAAGGGCCCAAAAGCUUAAGCUGUAUAAAAAUAAUACAAAUGGCGGAAGAUAC